AUGGCAACUUCUUCAAAGACCCCCUUAGUUGCAGAACAGAUGCUCCAUUCCUCGAUCCUCAACCUCCAGGCAAAUCAAAACUUGAUUCUCGAUAUUGACCCAUCAAAAUACAACAAAUGUUUUCAACCAGUCAUCCAAUGCUUGAGGUAUUAUCCAUUGGUUAUUGCUCUCAUCAAAUCGGAGAUUGUUCCCUUGGUGCAUAUAUCAAAAGCUUAUUCCACAACUAGUUAUCAAAAGGGAGAUGAGUUAAUCACAUUCGAAAUCUUCAACCAGAAAACCCAAAUCACCAUGUCGAGGUUCUAUAACCUCCUAAGGCUUCCUCAGGGUCAUAACCUGGUUGACCUUGAGAGCGUCUCCAACUCAGCUAUUCUUGAGACGUUCUACCCGAUGGGAUAA